AUGCCACACCUGCGCCUCACACUAGAAUGUGAUUCUUGUCUGUUGGCAAGUUGCGCCGACUUCCUGCAAAACCAGUGCUAUCAGCAAGCGUGGUCACUUCAGCAUCGUGGUCAUGUAAUUCGCCUGUCAUGGCAACAGGGACUAACACAAGGCGGUCUGCGUAAUAGCACGAAUGAGGGCCACUCAAGUCGCCAAAUCCAGUCAAGCCUCGGUGACGACGAAAUGGCCAACCGCGUGGUCGACGAGAAGCCCGCCGACGGCCUGGUCGCCUGUCUGCGCCGCCGACUCCUCGCCUUCCUCAGCGCUGAAGACGCCCACUUCUCCGCCGAAGACCUGCUUCCACGUCUGCCCUACGAUGCCUGCUUCGACGAGCGUGCUGCCCUCCUCGCCCGGCUCAGGCGGCACAAGCAGGCUCUGACAAUGUGGAUUCACCUGCUGGACAGUUGGGACCAGGCGUUGCAGUACUGCGCCAAGAUCCAGGCCGAAGCGGAACAGACCUUCUUGUGCAAGGACUCCCCCAAGCGGCGCUUCUUGUCGUCCGCGGAAGGCGCGGACAGGGGUGAUAACCACCUGCUGGAGAUCUACACCACCCUUGUUGACGUCUGUCUCAACCCCCUGGAACCGAUCGCCCUGGGCAUUAUCCCAACCAAACGCACCUCUGACACCACGGACACCUCUCCCAACCCCACAAACGUUGGCCUCGACUUCCGCUUCAAGCCACGGACGGACCUGGCUCUUAAGGCCAUGCGUCAGUUCAGCGAGCUGAUCGAUGCCACCACGGUGCUGAGCAUGGUACCCGGUGACACCAACCUCAAAGCCCUCUCACAGUUCCUCGAGUCAACGGUCAAGCAGCAGGCGAGUUUGCAAGCACGCCUGGUAUUCUUCAUGAGCGCGGCGCACAGCGAGAGCGUCCAAUCACGCAUCGCCUGUGCCGCGGCCACCGCUGGUCAGAUGUUCAAGGUCACGGCCUUGACGCGCUGCCACCAAUGCCGACGCAGGAUCGGAACCAGCGCCUUCGUGCGUCACCCCGACUCGGGCGAACUCGUGCACUACGGCUGCUGUCGCAACCUCCCCGCCGAUUCCAAACUAACCACAACGCGUCUUUCAGGAAAUUGA